AUGGGUUCGGAAGGCACAGAACCGGUACUCCAGUCGUUCCUAUUGGCCGAAAAGUCCAAGAUGAAAAAAAUACCUCGAAACUUACAAAAACCUAACAACAAUUUAGAAAAGGGCGAAGACGCACACCUCAAUGGCAUUGACUAUUUCGAUCCAUUCAUUGAGAGAAACUUGGAAUACCCAACCACCAACGGUGAGACCCUGACUCAUUUACUGAAAGCUUGUCUAGGAACUGGCAUCCUGGCCAUGCCGCUAGCUUUUCAGUGUUCAGGAGUUAUAAGUGGCAUAUUUGCAACAGUGUUUGUAUCGUUGGUAUGCACGUAUUGCUCGUAUUUACUGGUCAAAUGUGCUCACACGCUUUACAGGCGGACAAAAGUGUCAUACAUGAGCUAUGCAGAUGUGGCUGAAGUGGCUUUCGCCAACGGACCCCAAUGGUCUCGAAAGUUCUCGUCGCUAACCCGACAGUCUGUGCUUUGGCUGCUGUUCGUCACAUACUUUGGAACUUGCAGCGUGUACACUGUGAUCAUCGCCUCUAACUUUGAACAGCUGUUUACACAUCACAUGGGUUAUGAGCUGAACCUCCGGUACUUUAUUUUGAUUCUGCUCAUACCUCUUAUACUGCUCAGCUACGUGCCCAAUCUCAAGUACUUGGCACCCGUGUCUAUGGUAGCCAACCUGUUGAUGGCCACCGGUUUGGGCAUCACAUUUUACUAUACGCUGUGUGAAGUACCCAACAUUUCAAAAAGGCCAGCUAUGGGGACACUUGAAACGUUCCCAACAUACUUCUGUCUCACUGUAUUUGCCAUGGAAGCUAUUGGAGUGGUCAUGCCAUUGGAGAACAACAUGAAAACGCCCAGGGACUUUUUGGGACUGUUUGGCGUACUGAAUGUUGGCAUGGGCGGUGUGACUAUUGUGUACAUUCUGCUUGGUUUUUUCGGUUACUUGAAAUAUGGUGAAACAACGAAAUCAAGUAUAACAUUAAACCUACCCACCGAAGACGUUGCCGCACAAGUGGCUAAAAUAUGCAUCAGCUUAGCCGUGUUCUGCACAUACGGACUACAAUUUUUUGUUUGCUUGGAAAUUACGUGGACCAAAAUCAAGGAAAACUUUGAAAAAGCCACAGUCUAUCACAACUACAUCUUGAGAACGGUUUUGGUGUCCUUUUCUGUGGCAAUCGCGGUGGCCGUACCAACAAUUGGACCAUUCAUUGGGCUCAUCGGAGCCUUCUGUUUCUCGCUUCUCGGCAUAAUUAUGCCCGUGCUGAUAGAGUUCACCACAUAUUGGGACAACGUAACUGUUUGGAUGACCGUCCGAAAUGCAGUGCUGAUCGUCGUUGGCUUAAUGGCACUGAUCUUUGGCACGAUCAACAGCAUAACCGAUAUAAUUACUGCAUACGAGCCCAACGCCACUUGGGCUGUUCAUUCAACAAUUAACUCCACACUAAUUCAUUUAACCACCCAAUGA